CUGUCUUCCACACACACACCGUAGUAGUGUAAAGUGCAAGAAUGUGUGUGUUUGUGUGCCUGCGGGAUUAAAAGAGCCCAGAGGUCAUCACCUUUUCGCCGUUUGAACGCUGCCUUGAUAAGACUGCAAGGUACCGACGCGUCGCUGUUUAAGCAGCACCAGCUGCUAUUUACACAGCGUUUCCUCUCCACCACAAGAAUACCGGACGUAUUUCUGAAAAAGUAAUAUCCGCUGCAUUUUGAGGGGAAACUAAAAGAGCAGUUUUCGGGUUUUAUUUUAUUUUUUUUGGUACGGUUUUUGCUGCGUUGCUUCUGACAGGAAGUAACAACGCCGUACCUCUCGCGCGUGACGAUUUAACUAGCUAUUGUCCUCUUUUACGUUCUUUUACUUUUAACUCGUCAUUUAACACCACCCCCCACACCAACUCCCGAAAUUCUGCCUCUGUGGUCUGUGCCAUCCAUCUCACCAUGGAGCGCCUGCUGAGCGGCGCCACUAAAGGGGCCCUUCACUCAGCACGGACGUCACCGCUUCACAGAUGACACUAGUUGCCUGUAGUACAGGCUGAGUGGAACAGCACAGCUUAAAUUGUUCUCACGUGACGAAGCCAUGCACCCCCUACUCUGUAUCAGCCUUUUUUGGUUCCUACCGCUGGCCUUGAUGCUGGAUGAUGACACGCCCUUGGACUGCGUUCCCCGCAGAUAUGUGCCCUAUCACAGCAACAACGCUCGCCUUUUUCACGAGGAGGGGGUGUCAAACUACACUGUCAUGCUGUUGUGGGAGGACCUGAAGCUACUGCUGUUGGGUGCCAGGGAGGCGCUGUACGCGCUUGACCUUGAUAACAUCUCCAAGAAACGUGCCUCUGUAAAAUGGGAGGUGACAGAGCAGCAAAAUAAUGACUGUCAAAACAAAGGAAGAGAUCCUGAAAAUGAUUGCAAGAACUAUAUCAAGAUUCUGCACCUGAUGAAGGAUAACAGGAUCUACGUGUGUGGAACGAAUGCUUUUGAUCCAGAGUGUGAUUACAUGUCCUAUUCAAAUGGGAAACUGACGCUGGAGAAAGCGGCUGAAGAUGGGAAAGGGAAAUGUCCAUUUAAUCCUUUCCAAAGACAUGCCUCCAUUAUGGUUGACGAUAACUUGUACUCUGCCACUUCAAUGAACUUCCUGGGCUCUGAACUCGUCUUAAUGCGCAGCUCUCAUCCCAUUCGCACUGAGAUUAAAACCUCCUGGCUCAAUGAGCCCAACUUUGUCUCCCUGGCUCAGAUGCCAGAAAGCAACGAGGGCGAUGGUGACAAAGUCUACUUGUUUUUCAGUGAGACGGCUGUCGAGUACGACUGCUACAAGAAGCCAGUAGUGGUUUCCCGUGUAGCCCGUGUCUGCAAGGGAGACAUGGGUGGUCGCAGGACAUUGCAGAGAAAGUGGACAUCCUUCCUGAAGGCCGGGUUGGAAUGUCCUGUCCUAGGCUCACAGCUGCCAAACAUCAUCCAGAAUACAUACCGCUGGUGUGAACCCCAGACGCACUGGGAGGAUUGUUUGUUCUACGCCAUCUUCACCACACAGUCCGCCACGUCCGAACUGUCUGCCGUGUGUGUGUACAGCAUAUCUGACAUCAACCGAGUGUUUGCAGAGGGGCAGUUCAAGACGCUGGUCCCUGUCGAGACCUCCUAUAUUUGGGUGGCAUAUAGCGGGGAGGUGCCUGACCCUCGACCAGGAUCUUGUCAAACUCUGUCUCUGGAUCUCCCGGACAAAACCCUUCAUUUCAUCAAAGAUAGGCCCCUCAUGGACGACAUAAUCCAGCCAAUAGGCAAGAAACCUCUAAUGGAGAGAAGGGGAGCCGCCUUUACGUGCAUUGUUGUCAACCAAGUGCAGGCUGCAGAUGGCCAGAAGUAUCAUGUGAUGUUCAUAGGCACAGAGGAUGGUACCCUUCUGAAAGCGGUAAACUAUGACGGUGAGAUAUUCAUCAUUGAGCAAGUUCAGCUCUUCCAAUCCCCCGAGUCUGUUAAGGUCCUGAGAUUUUCCGACGUCACGGGGCAGCUUUACGCAGGCUCCGACUACGGAGCAGUACAGGUGCCUCUCGCCACCUGUGGGAGGUCCUUGUCCUGUAUGGACUGCAUUCUAGCCAGGGACCCCUACUGUGGAUGGGACGCAGAUGCUGGAAGUUGCGUAGCCCUUUCCAGUACACCGAGACAACUAAUCCAGAGUGUGAGGGAAGGAGACGGCUCUCUCUGCCCACCAGCUGAUCCUGUGCACGUUGUAAACACGUCCUUCUUGCCUGGUGGAAGUGUGAAGCUUCUCUGCCCUUCACCGUCCAACCUGGCAACGACCAACUGGGAGCAAGACAGUCGCCGUGUGGCCUCUUCCCUUCGUCAUCAGCUCCUACAGGACGGACUCCUCAUACUUAACGCCUCAGAUUCCGACGCCGGCCGCUACCGCUGCCUGUCGGUAGAGCACUCCAAAUCUGGCGAAUACACCGCCACUCUCGCAGAGUAUCAGCUCAGCUUGAAAGGCGAACCUAGAUUACCUCAGGCGCAAAAGGAAGGCUCCUCCACGGUCGGACUGCACGUUGUCAUUGGGCUUCUGGUCGUUUCUCUUGUGGCCCUUUUGGCCUGGAAUUUUUACAACGGUCAUCUUCCUCUUCCCUGGAACUGCAGCAAAAUAAUGAGAGGAAAAUCUUACGACUCAAAUGCCCAGGAGGACCCAGGUCCACUGUGAGCCACCGAGAUGCACUGGGACCUGGACACCACCAGAAACACUGUUACCAUUCGGCAGUUUAUCCAAGUACCAUAUUUUCGCGACCAUAAGGCGCACCGUAUUAAAAGGUGGAGUCUCAUUUACGGGGUCUAUUUCUGUAUUUAUUUAACACAUACAUAAGUCUCACCGUAUUAUUGGGCGCAGGCAUGGUAAAACAUACGGUAGCAUGUAGCACACUAAAACAUACGCUAGCAUGCAUGCUAGCGUAUGUUUUUAAAAAGGCAGCGGGUGCAAAACUGAGUUCGGUUGUACAUUAUAGAAGUAUUUAACAAUGUACUCACGUUUUUUGAUCAAUCCUCAUCCACAAAUCCAUCAAAGUCCUCAUCUUCUGUAUCCGAAAUGAACAGCUAGGCAAAUUCUCCAUCAAACAUGCUGGGUUCCCUCUCGUCAUUGUCUGAGUCAGUCUCGUUGCCGGGGGGGUGGGGGGGGCUGUUCAACAAUGAUGCUUGCUGGCUUUUGUGAAAAGCAGUCAAAGCAGAUACCUUAGCCCAGGUAUCCACUGGAUUCGUUGAAUUCUCUCGCGGCUGCUCGAUUCCCAUGUUCCUCCGCGUAACUGAUAGCUUGCAGUUUAAACUGUGCUUCGUAAGCGUGUCUCUUCGUAGGUGACAUUUUCGAUGUUAUUUUGCACAAUGCCCAUACUGGGGGCGUGCCUUUAGCGUCCUAUUUCACCCGCACCCUUUACGUCUGCAUGCUGUCCUCAUUCACGGCUGCCUUUCCUCUAUAUAAGCAGCCUGUCGGCAGCAAAUGCUCCCAGUCAGUCAAGCGGCGCGCUCAUCAAAGUCACAACAACAUUUACAGAUUUUGGAACUCAGUGCACACAUAAGGCGCGCCGCAUUAUAAGGCGCCCUGUCCAUUUUGGAGAAAAUUUAAGACUUUUAAGUGCGCCUUAUGGUCGGAAAAAUACGGUAGUCUAAACUUUUAAAAGACAAUUGCUUACUUGCUCUGGGAACAUGUACAGGUGUGAAUGUGACUUUUCCAAAAAGCCAAAAGAUCAACUUGUGACAUUUCAGAACAAAAAAAGGUCAACGCUGGAUAAAAUUGGUUCUUGGUUUAUUGUUUCAUGCUAUUUUUCUUGGGAAAACUCUUAGCUCCCAUGUAUUUGUAUUGUACUUGUAUUUGUUCAUGACGCUCCUGGUAGCCCUAGUCUUAAUUAUUGCAAAGUGGCAUUUCCUUUCACAAGAUAUGUUAAACUUGUACAGUAAACAUGGCUAGGGCAACAAUGGCCUGUUCUAUUUUUAUUUUCUGAGCAUAUGUCUGUAUUAAAGCUAAUGUUAAUUUUUUGGGGUCAGGUCAUUUCCGAUUCUGUUCUGUAUUUUACAGUGUAAGCCCACUGGAGAGAAGGGAAUGUGGCGCUAGUAGAAAAAUACAUUACGCAGAUCUAAACUGUUUGGGUUUGGCUACGCUGCUUGGUGUGUGGCGGACUUUAUGCUACGUUCAUCAGAGACAAAGAACUUUUGCCUCGCGUCUCUUGCGUUUGACCGCCGAUUAUGUACGUCGAAGGCACAUUUGCGUCAUUUGUGCUACAUUGAUACGCUCUUCCCACCUCAAACCUCUUCAGCGGGUCGUCGGCGCUUGCGUCUGUAAAUGCAGCCACGGCAGGAAACAUCGUACAAGCUAUCAGCCGUCAUUAUGUUUGAUUCCUUUUGGCGCAUCCAUUUGACACGCCCACACUGUCUGAGAGGUGGGGCUUAUUAUUCAAGUUUUGAAACCAGAUUUUAUAUACUGUACUUAGUGAUUAUUAUUAUUAUUUUUUUAUUCAUUCAAAUUUGGCAGGCUUGUUAACAUUACUCUUGUCUGUGGUGUGUCGAAUUUACAUGACAUUUUUUGGGCCUAUUUUGUGGCACUUUAAAGUUGCAGAGGUACACUGAAAUGUAAAUCUUCCAUCCAUCUCUUUUCUGAACUGUUCAUCCUCACUAGAGUGGCGGGUGUGCUGGCGCCUAUCUGUGCUGACUUUGUGAAAUAAAUAAAUAGCAGUUCCAACAGACAGCAUUUGAAAUUUGCUGCGCUUGACCCAGACAUGUUAACAAAACAUAGAAGUGCUGCGUGCAUAGAGAGCCUAGACAUUGGUGUCUAUGCAGACAUCUGUGGAGCCCGAGCUGCGAUAUUCGGAUGUGACGUCCGUGAGUUUGGGUGCUGGAAUGUGGCGCCCCACCUUGGCCCUAUCUAUUUCAUUAAUGAGAUACUGUGAAUGUCAAACCUUUAACCAGUCAAUGAAUAAAGAUGUUUGCGCCCCAAA